AUUACCUCCCUUUAUCUAAGCGCGAAUUUCCGUUCAAUUUCCGCAAAUAAACAAGAGUUUGAUAGAAGAAAAUAAUUAUGACAGGCUGUGAAACAUGAGAAUAUUGAUAUAUUUAUGGAUAGCUUUUAUCUUUACACCUCUGUCUACAGGAGAUGAAACGUUUCAGCUAGAAUAUUUUGAGACUUUGAAGUCAUCAGAUAUUCGAUCAAGAGUCAGAAGGAGUCCAGACCCAAAUCCAGCAUCACGCUUACAUGAGUUCUGGUUUUCAUCAUUCGGAAGAGAUUUUCAUUUAAUGUUAAAGCAAUCAUCAGUAGUGACUAGAAAAACUAAAGUGACGCUAAUAACGCCAAGUGGGGGCAAAGUUGAAAACCAGUUAAAUUUACAAGAUUUUUUUACUGGAACAAUAGCAGGUGACGAUGAUGCCCAUGUGGAGGCUCAUUGGGAAGACAAUCUACUCUCAACCUAUAUCACAACAGCAGACGACAUCUAUAUCAUAGAGCCAUCAUGGAGAGUUCUAGGAGAAUCAACAAAUCACAGUUUAAUAGCAUACAGAAAAUCUGAUGUCAAAUUAGAGGAACUUCAUCAUGGAGGAGAAAAGGUGAGGUUUUGUGCACAAGAUGAUAAAUAUGAUAAAAGUCAUAACAGAGCCAGUGAAUAUUUCCUCCAGAUGGCAGCACUUAAUACUCAGACACAAACAGGUCAAAGUAGAGUUAAAAGAGAAAACAUAAAAUCAUUUGGAACAAAGAGAGUUUGCAAGUUAUUUUUAGUUGCAGACUACGAAUUCCAUAAAAAUGUUGGUGACGGAAGAGCUCAUACCACAGCAAAUUAUAUUAUAGGCACUUUGAACAAAGUUAACGAAAUAUUUAGAAGAACAAAAUGGCCAGAUGAUAAUUCAGAUCUUAUUGGUUUGGGAUUUGAAAUUGCAGAGCUCCAGAUUCAUCAGAACUAUUCCACUGAAAAAGGUCAUUAUAAUUAUGGUCCUAUGAAAAAUUGGACUGCAAACACAUUAUUACAGGCAUUUAGUCGUGAUGAGCAGUUUCGUGGAUUCUGCUUGGCUCAUUUAUUUACAUUUCAUAAAUUUGAACGGGGAGUUUUAGGACUCGCUUACAUAUCAUCUCACAAAGAAAAAGAUCCAGGUGGUUUGUGCUCUUGGGAUUUUUUCCACCAGGGGCAUAACUCAAUGUUGAAUACUGGCCUUAGUACCAGUAAAAAUAGUAAAGGUCAUCGCAUUUUAUCACUAGAAGCAGCAUUAGUUACUUCACAUGAAUUAGGUCAUAACUGGGGAAGUGAACAUGACCCUGACACAUCAGACUGUGCCCCACCCUCUGAGAGAGGAGGGCAUUACCUCAUGUAUCCUUAUGCAGUUACUGGCUAUGACCAAAAUAAUAAGUUUUUCAGUCAAUGUAGUAAGCAAUAUAUAUCUAAAGUUUUAGAAUCAAAAGGACCAAGAUGCUUUACAGAAAGUUCUGAUGUGACAUUUUGUGGGAAUGGUAAACUGGAGGAAGAUGAAGAAUGUGAUGCUGGUUACUAUGGUGAUAAUUGUUGUGAUAGAGAUUGUAAACUCAAACCAGGUGCAAUAUGUAGUGGAUGGAAUUAUGAAUGCUGUGUGCGUUCUACAUGUAAAAUAGCAGAUAAAAAUACUUCUUGUGGUGUUGAAAAUACUCUAGACUGUAAAGGGGACGCUGUGUGCAAUGGAUCUAGUCUCAAUUGUCCUGAACCUAGGAUCAAAAACAAUGGCCGACCAUGUAUAGAUGGAGGUAUAUGCAAAGAUGGUGUGUGUCUGAACUUCUGUGAAAUUAAAGGCAAAGUACCUUGUAUAUGUGAUCCAGAAACUGGUUAUGCAUGUUUUAAAUGUUGUAAAUACAAUACUACCAACUCAACUUGUCAAGUAGAUGAGAGAAUGGUAGAAUUAACAGACGGCAGACCUUGUUACCAUGGUUACUGUGAAAGUGGUCAUUGCAAGAAGCAAGUGUCAGAUAUGGUUCAGCGAUUAUUCAGUAUUAUAGAAAAUAUUACAGCUGAUGAAUUUGUGGCGUUUAUGAAGAGUAACAUUGUAGGAACAAUCAUCAUAUUCUCAUUAGUUCUAUGGAUUCCGGCCAGUUGUACAUUCAGUUAUUUCGAUAGAAAAAAUGACAGAAAAUUAAAAAGAAUGAGAAGUAGGAUGAAUAAUGUGUUCAUAUUAGACGAAGAUAAAACCAAAAUAAGGCAUGCCGGGAACUUUAAACUCAAACCUGCUGGUAGCAUUAUACGUCAACAUGGCAUCCGUCCAUUACCCACAAUUCAAAGCUUUGAUUACCUGGACACAGAAAGAGAAUCAAAAGUCUAAUGGAAAAUUUACAAAACAAAUAUAUGGAGAAGAGGGACCAAAAAUUAAAUUAUCACAUAUUUGUCUACAGUUCUUAAUGUUUAUGUUAUAUUUUUUGAACAUUUUUGAGAGAGAGAGAAAAAAGAAAAUUUUCAGCAACCAACAGUUAAUGUACUAACAAUAUUUUUAUCAGCCCUAACAAUGCAGCUGUUUUAUUUGAAUAUAAAUAAUUUUAUUUUUAAUGAUUUGUAACAGUCCUUAUAAUUUCCAUGUAUCUGACUGUGUUUCCGUAAAAUUUCUUUUUUAUUUAAAAAAAAGUGUUUUGAAUACUAUUUACAACCAACUGUAUGUAAUAACAAGAUUUUUAUUGGCUCUAACAAAAAGCAGCUGUUUUAUUGAAAUAUGAUCCGUUUAGCUCCAGUAUUUAAAAAUUGCAAAAUGUGUUACCUUGCUUUUUUUUUUAGAAAUGAGCAGUCAACCCCCUUAAUUAGAAAUAUAACUACAUUUAUUGUAUAUUUUGAAAUCACAGAUAAGAUCUAAAUGAAAAAUACACAUGAUCAUAGACACAUUUUGUCCUCAAACAAAAAAAGGGUUGAAAGUAGUCAUGGUUACCAUGGUUACAGUGAAUACAGUCAGGUCAAAGGUCAUUGGCUAAAAAAUUGUUUCAUUGUUAAUGACAUAAUUUAAGGUUGUAGAAGGUUGCUGCUUAUUAUUAAAGGAAUUUAUAUUUUUAUUUAAAUGGAUAAGGAUUUUGAUGGACACUGUUGUUUAGGAAAUAUUUGCUGACAUCAAUUAUUGAGUUGAUGGUUGGUAAUUGAGUGUAUUUGCAAUGUAUUCUUUAACUAGCAUCAAAUAUUGAAUUGAUGUCUGUAAAUUAGAAAACAAUAAAUUAAUUUCAAUAUAAAAAAGAAUGGUGAAAAUAGUUGCAAAAAUUUAUCAUAACAAGUAAGAGUUACUUAUAUAAUAACAUAUGUUUAUAUAGACAUACAGAAACAUAUAUUAUAUAAUUGAUGUCAUGAAGCAUUCAACAUUGUCCAAUCAGAAUUAACAUUGCAAAAAUAUAAGAGAUUGGACUUUAUGUAUACAUUAUUUUAUCAUGCUGCUAAAAAACUAAAUUUCUUAUUUUUAAACAUGAUUUUAAAAGGUUGCUAUAUGUCAGUUCAAGUUUUAUACCUGAAACGUUUAACAUUUUUGUUUUUAAAAGAAUGAGUAUUUAAUUAUGAAUGUAAUAAUGUGUUCAAUAUAUGUAAAUUAUACUUAGAAUUUUGUAUGUGUAUUGUUAUUCUCAUUUUAACUGGAUUCAUUAUAUAAAACAUGAAAUUUGGAGGCUUUUAUCUCCGAAUGUCUAUUUGUAUGUCUUUGAAAGAGAUGUCUUAGGAAUGAGUUUCACAAAUGAUCUUAGUAUACAUAUGUAAGACUCACAAUCGAGUUGUUUUUUUUUAGAUUUUUUGUGUAACACAUUCUUGAUUUUUCAAAUAUUUUCUUUUCAACAAAUAAAUCCAUCAGAAAUAUUACAUCAAAUAAAAUUGAGAAUGGAAAUGGGGAAUGUGUCAAAGAGACAACAACCCAACCAAAUAAAAAACAACAGCAGAAGGUCACCAACAGGUCUUCAAUGUAGCGAGAAAUUCCCGCUUUUUUUUCCCGAAAGUUUUUUUUAUAAAAAGUGGUAAACAUCAUUUCUCUUCAAAAUUUUCAGCUAGAAACUAAAUAAUAUUUCAAUUAGAGUAAACCAGUAGGAAAAUUAUAUCAGAACUUAUAUAUCCCCCACAGAACUGAUUAUACUUUAACCAGGAAAAUUAAUAAUUUUCAUAAUAGUUAUGAAGCAGGAAAUUUGGUUACUCUUCAUUGAUGAUUUUAUAUCUAACAGGAAAUUUUAUCAUAUUGUCACUUUGUAAUAUUUCUUUUGAAGUAAAUCCUUCCUGAUGAUACAUGAUCUGUAGUUUUAUGAGGGGGCAGGACCUUUUUCAGGACGUUGUGAUCGAGUGUUUUAAGCAUGGGAUUGAUCCUUUAGGGAUCCAAGAUAUCAUUUUUCGAAUUUCAGGAUGUGGUGAUUUAAUAA